UUCCGUCUUUACAGCGGAAGCAGUCCUCUGUGUUUCCGUAGCGGUCGACGAGUUUCUGUCGUUGUGCUACAAUUUUUUGCUUUACUUCGGUAGAGGGUUUUGUCUCGAAAUCCACUGCCAUCAUGAAACUCGUUCGGUUCUUAAUGAAACUGAGCCAUGAAACGGUUACCAUUGAGCUGAAGAAUGGCACCCAGGUCCACGGCACUAUCACAGGUGUGGAUGUGAGCAUGAACACUCACCUGAAAGCGGUGAAGAUGACCCUGAAGAACAGAGAGCCCACUCAGCUGGAGUCACUCAGCAUCCGCGGCAACAACAUCCGCUACUUCAUCCUGCCCGACAGCCUUCCCCUCGACACCCUGCUGGUGGACAUUGAGCCCAAAAUCAAGUCGAAGAAGAGGGAGGCGGUGGCUGGCCGUGGAAGAGGCCGAGGAAGAGGACGUGGCAGAGGAAGAGGACGUGGAAGAGGCGGACCAAGGAGAUGAAUUGUUUUGGGGGUUUUUUUCCCUUUCCUUUUUCCAGUGUGUACAGGACUUUUUCCUUUUUUUUCCAUUUGGAAAUAUUGAUUCAUUUUUCUUUUGUACAUUAAACUCAACUUUUUUGAAAAGUGCUUUUUGUCCAUCAGUGAAUUGAUUGAUUGUGUGUCUGGAAAUAUGUUGUGGAGGAAUGUGACCUGCUUUAUGAUGAUUCUUUUUUCCUUCUUCUACUAAAAAAUAAGGUUCUGUGAUUUUAAAUAUUAAAGAAUUAUUGAAUUUG